UUCACAGACAACAAAAGAAGUGGUGACUUUGUUACUUAAGAAGUUCCAUAUAUUGGACCAUCCGAGAAAAUUCGCCUUGUACGAGCAAGAACUCAAAAAUAAUAAAAUAGCCCGAUUAAGACGAGUUAAAGAUACGGAAUUCCCGCUGGCGAUAUGUCUGAGCUGGGAUCUAGAAAAUGCUCACAAUCACAGACUGGUACUGCAGGAAAAUGAGACUGGUGAAAUCGAUUGGGAAGCAUUUUGUACUCCCGAGUUGAACAAUUUCCUGCGAGUGUUGGACCGCGAGGAGGAGGAGUACAUGGCGCAGCUCAAGUAUAAGUACAAGGUCAUGAAGAGACUCAUACUCACUCGUAUGAAAGAACUUCGCCAGGAGCACGAGAAACAAAAACGUCGUUCCAUGGUGAACGAGUCGACGUCUUGAUAAAGUUCGGAGAAACAGUGGAGAUACUGUAUAAACUUGUGAUAAAAAAUAAACAAGCAUCUGACGGCAGAUUUGUACAUUACACCCAGCAUUUCAAAAAAAGUUAAACUUACCAGAUCUGAAAUCCUUAUUUUAUUAAAAUUUCGAAACAUAUGUUGGCAAAACUUAAGUUUGAACUAGGAAAUUUUUCUUUUCAGUGCUAUACAUUAUAUCAAAGAUGAAAGUAAAAUUAAUUUUAUGAUAACACUACACUAUGCAUAUAGUGCUGUUUACUUGUUCAGAAAAACUGUGUUGAAAUUUUUAUGUCAAAGGAUAUUUUUGUUUAACCGGCCAUUUGACAUUUUGGCAGAUGACAGACAAAUUACAUAUUAACUUGUUUUCUUUGAAAAAUAUGGGAUAAAUUUGAAAGGAUUUGUAUACAAAAAUAUUGAACUAAAAUAUGGAAACUAUGUACUUGUAAAUAUUAUUAUCUGUGCACAUGAACUGUAAUCAUAUUAUUACACUAUGAGGAACAUCUGGUGUAAGUAUAGAUCUGCCAAGAUGAUCAGCCUAUUAUAGAAAUGCUAUUUUAUGGCUUUUUAUCCAUUGUUUUAAAUGGUAAUCAUAAAAAAAUCUCGGGACACGAUUGUCUUAAAAUAAAUUUUAUCUGUGUUACUUUGUAGAGGUAAAGAGUGAUAUUUUUAACAUAAUUGUAUCAUUAUUAUGGAAGAGUUGUUGCCCUUGUGAGAUUUUUUUUUAAAUCUCUUAAUUUUUAGACACUGAUGUAGGGAACAAAAGCAUUAAUAUAUGGUAAAUGUAUGGUUUUCUCAGAAAAAAAUGUGUUCACUUUUAUUUUUUCAAAAAUGAAGAUUAAACAAGUUGUUAAGUUGUAGUUUUGGUGAUGAAUAUAAUUGAAUUGUAAUCCAUUGUUACUUGAAUUUAUAGUUUAAAACAAUUUAGAAGGAAAAAUUAAAAAAAAAAAAGUAAAAUUGAAAAUUGCAAGCAACUAUAAAUCAAACACAGCUAUUACUAUUGUGUUAAGAAUAUUAUUCUUUACUGUAAAUCAAUCAAGCGCCACCAAAGACUGUUCAGAAAAAAAAAUGUUACAAAUUAUGAUAAGAAACAAGUGUCAAAAUAUGUGAAAACUUUAUUUAUAGAUUGACUUGUUUGAUGUCAGAACAUAGAUAUAAAUAUAUGUACACUGUUGACUUACAGACUUGCAAACACUGCUUGAGAGAGAUAGUAUCUGAGAUAAUGGUGAUAAUCAUGAUAAUAGAAUUUUACUUUUUUACCCUUUCUACCCUGAAUAACUUAAAACGGAUUUGCCCAUCUUUCAAUUUGGAUACAACCAUUCAUUAUUGUAGAGAAAUUUUUAAAAAUGUUAACUGUAAGACCGAAUUGCAACACAGUGCUGACCAUGAUCUGCCAGCACAGAAUGCCAGUUGAUCUGUGUCCUCAUUUGUAGAAUCUGUUGCCUCCAUUAGGCUAAAGGUCAAGGAUUUAUGUUUUUAAAUAUUCUGAUAAAGUAGUUAAAUGGGUUAUGAAUUAUCUUCUCCACUCCAUGAUGUUGUAUUUGCAAAGAUAUUCUCUAUUCCGUAAAAAGAGGAAGAUUUUAAAAAAUCAUUAUGUGGCAUAGUUUUGAUAAAAAGAACUUUUAUGUGAGGGAAAAAUUAAAUUUUGGAAAUUGAACUUGUAACAAGGAACUUUAAUGGGUGGGGAAAAUAAAUUUUGGAAAUUGAAUGAUCAAAAUCACUCAUGUGAAGAUGCCUGUCUAUUCAAGCAGUUUUUGUGUGUUGUUGAUGGUCACGAAAGGUUUUUUUUCUUACUUAAAUUUAAGGCCAUCAGUUUGUACAAAAUCUCUGUUGUUAGUUUGGAGAUAAUAUUGUGUACAAAUACACAUGAGCCGCGUCACGACAAAACCAACAUAAUGUGUUUGCGACCAGCAUGGAUCCAGACCAGCCUGCGUGUCCACGCAGUCUGAUCAAGAUCCAUGCUGUUCGCUUACAAACUCUAUUACAAAUAGAGAAACUGACAGCGAACAGCAUGGAUCCUGAUCAGACUGCGCGGACGCGCAGGCUGGUCUGGAUCCAUGCUGGUCGCAAACGCCUUACUUUGGUUUUGUCAUGACGCUGCUCAUAUAAACAUUCAGUUUUCUGGUAAAUUGACACAUAAAUAUAUAUUAAUGUACAUACUGAUUAUAUUUAUGAUAAAAAAUAUACAGAAAAAAAAUGUCUCCUACAAAAAAAGAAGCCUUUAUAAAUCAACAUUCUCUUGCAAAAAUUAAAAGUU